GCUCCUGCCACCACAUCCCUCUCCGCCUCUACAUCCACCCGCCGUCACGCCUGCGUGUGCGUCUGACAUUGAUGACAGCCACACCUGGCGUGUUCUGCUAGGCGUACUUCCAGAGCGCUGCUCGCCGCCGCCCACACCGCACCGGCCGGAUCGCCUGCUGCGUUUCGCUCUCUCCGCUCCCCGUCUUCGACUGAACGCCAGGCCAAGCCGUAUUGCACAGCUUCACGCGAUCUCGCCAUUGUAGCUUGCACGUUCGGAGACGACCUACCAGCUCUGCCCAGCGCCGCACCUCGUCCGGACUGAUCGUCACCUGGCUUUCCCAUGGCCCAGGCCAGCUCCUCUGCUGGCGGCUCUGCGAGCGCCCGCCCCUCUGAGGGCGCUGCCGGCAUGCCACGGGCCAACGCCCUUCGCGCCUUCUACGGCCUCGCCGAGGAAAGCGACGGACCUGCCAAGGCCGCGGCGCCUGUCGGCGCGCCGCCGUCGCCGAAGCCGGACACACCAGCGUCUGCCACCUCACCAGACUCGUCUGCCUUUGCCUUGCCAGAAGCGCUCGCGGCCGUCCUCAGUGACGCAGGCUCGCCAGAGACGGGCUCCCGCGAGCAUGCAGCGGCCCUGAUGCACGUGCAAGCCUCGCUGCUGCGCGAGAUGAGAGAGCUCGACGGCGCGCGACAGAGCCUCGUGUACAACCAUCACUGGCAGCUCGUCAAGGGCGGCGAGACGCUCCGGACCAUGAAGGCGCGUGCGGAGGACCUGACGCCUGCUCUGGAUGCGCUGCAGGGCAGCUUGUCGCGCGCAGAGGCCCUCCGCAAGGAGCUUGCUGCGGCGCUGCCGGCGACUGGCUUCAGCGCCCCAUCUCAAUGAGAUGAUACCAUGAGCUGUACAAUCUGAGCGUGGUAGCCGCGACGCACCAAGAG